AGGAAAUGUAAUAAACUCAGUGACGUCAUUGGUGCGCGCCUCUGCUGGCCUUCGAGAUGGGCUGACUCCUCUUAGCCUUGAUUUCUCCACUUGUCCCUCCGCACAUAUCAACUUUGUUUUAUAAAGAAAAGCCUGUUCGCGAUGACAUUUGGAGGUGAAUUGGCAGACAAGGUCAGCCAGGUGAUUUCACAACUGGUUCCUGUGCGGGCUGACUGGCUUGCAAGUUUCAGUUCCUGUGCAGUACAGUAAAGCCAUUCGCUAGGGUCAGAGGAUUGCAAUGAAACAAGCUCAGGAGCGCAACCAGGAGUGCCUGCCUCCUAAGAAGAGGGACCUCCUAGUUAGUAACAACAGUGGAGCUGGAGGGACAGGAGGAGGAGUUGGGGCUGCAGGAGGGGGUGGUGGCGGUGGCGGAAGUGGAGGUGGCAGUAGUGCUGGUGGUGGUGUUGGAGAAGAUGAAGUGGUUUCCAUCCAGAACUCUGCAGCCAACAGUGACACUCAGGGAGGGACCCCAUCUGGAGAGUGGCUGCGAGCUCAGCCAGGUCUUCAUUAUGGAGUGGAUAAUCCUGAGGGUAUACCAGCAGUGCCAGUUGACCAGUACAGUAUGCUCUACAAAGUGGCUCUUCCAUCUGUUACCUACUCACCUACCAGUCUUCACCCAGUGUUAAGCCACAUCUCUCCAGCCUACACUGUACACUCAUCUCUCCUGCAGCAUCCAGGCCUUUCCUAUCCUCCUCUUGGUUACGCCCAGAUCCCUCAUUCCUCUCUCCAGUUUGUUAGUUCCCCUUAUGCAGCGGUACCUUACGCUCUACCCCCUGGCUUUGUCCCGGGUUCAUUAAUCUCUCCCUCAGGCACCAUUCCUCAGUCCCAUGCUGUGUCCCACCUUGUUCCCUAUCCAUCUGUCAUACAGGAAGGGGUUGUUUCCCCACCUCCCCAGGCCCAGGUAGCUGCUCAUACCUUUGCCAAAGGCAGAAUCAGCGGUGUCCCGCUGAUGCUGCCUUCAGAGCAAACUGCCCAGCAGCACCUUGGUACCCUAGGAGUCCUGCCCGCGACAGAGCUCGACUCUCGAGGGUUGCCGGUCUUCUAUCACUCCCAGGGCGCCAGGGCUGCCACUGCCACCAGAGACCCCCACAGUGCCCAGCAGGAGAAUGAACCAGAGAUGAAUGGAGGCGAUAAAGAGCAGGGAACUAGGGUGGUCGUACUCGACUCGGCCUACACUGCCAGAAAUGCACGUCUGCUGCAGGUAGCAUCCAACUCUGUUGCCCAGGAGUACAGCCAAGACAGAGGCCUGCUGAACCGAAGGCUGGAGGAGAGGAGCUCACCGGGCCAGUGCAGCACUCCAGACAGCGACCUCGAGGUGCAGCAGGUGGUUGGUCGUUUUGUUUCCUCUAGCCAAGGUGGAGUGCGGAAAGAGGUCUCCUUUGCUCCUUUGAAUCUCUCUCAGGGUGCCCAGAGAGCCAGAGAUGUCCACGGAGAGAGCACAGGUGUAAUUUCCGGACGGACUGCGUACACGGCCCAGGCUGCGAGUUACACUGAUCCCAGACUGACCGGUCUCCAGCAGCAAUCAGGACAACCAGGCCAUGCUGUCAUGCUUGCCAACGGGCAACCAGUUCUUAUUCCCUUGGAGUAUCACCUGCAGCAUCACCCCCAACCACCACAGCAACACUACCCAGGGCAGGUUAAUGAUGCCUCAGCCAGCCAUGCCUCUACCACCAUGGCCUCCCUUAACCCAAGCUUUAAAGCCUCUGAUUCUUCAGCCAGAGUGUGCCUCCUUGAAAGGGCGGAUCCGACCGCAGCUCAGCAGCAGCUCCCCCAUCAGGUCCCCCAUCAGCCUCCUGUCCAGCCUACAGCAGAUGUGACGCAGGCCUUAGCUUCGAGCCUCGCUCCUUCCUCGGCUCCCUCCAACCCGUCACACUUCAUGAAGGGAGCCAUUAUCCAGCUGGCUACUGGGGAACUGAAGCGUGUGGAGGACCUGCAGACUCAGGACUUUGUGAGGAGCGCCGAGGUGAGUGGGGGGCUUAAGAUUGACUCCAGCAUGGUGGUGGACAUCCGUGCCAGCCAACAGAGGCCAGGUCUUGUGUCGCUUCACUUUACUGUGGGGGAGCAGCAGAGCAAAGUGACCAUCGAUGUUCCCCCGGAGCACCCUUUUUUUGUGUUCGGGCAAGGCUGGUCGUCCUGCAGCCCCGAGCGCACCGCCCAGCUCUACGGCUUGGCCUGCCAUCAUCUGCAAGUAGGAGACGUGUGUGUGUCCAUCACCCUGCAGCAGCAGCUUCAGGCACAGCAGCAGAAACAACCACAGCACCAUCAUUCACAACAGCAACAACAACAACAGCAGAACCUGUCCAGGACUUUGAGCAAAACCAACGCUACAUCAGGACCUGGUCACCAGCUCAUGGGGCCUCCUGCCCCUCAGCAGUCACGGCCCCCGUCUCAUUUCAGGCUAGACCGCAUCCACAGAGAAAGACAGAGGGAUGGGGAAAAUGCAGUUGAUAAGGAGGAAGCCACACAUUUUGGGGUUGUUGGGCACUCUGAGUCGCCCAUCAGAACCAGUAGGACCUCAGCAGAGCAUCCAAGGAGCCAGAGCAGUUACCACUUGCACACAGAGAGCUCUGCUUUUGCAGGGGCAGGGAUGGGAGCAAUGCAGGCUGCGCUAGGUGCUUCUCAGAGGCGCUGGUCUUCACCUGGCCUCCAAAGAUACAAUAUGAAGGGAGACGAUGGGCCACGCCCUCAAAUAAGCACCUCCGGCCACACAAGGCCCUCUUUCAUCCCCCAGGAGGUCAAACUGUCCAUUGAGGGGCGCUCUAAUGCAGGGAAGUAGCAUCACAUUUGGUAGCAAAUAUAGAAGAGACUGCCAUGAGUAAGAAUGAGUCUGACAAGGAGAGAAAGAGGAAAAAAAGAGUGCGAAUGUAGCCUCAGAAUGUUUGAGAUUUUGCACACCUAAAAUAUACAAAAAUACAAGAUCUAUCUGGUGAGUUCUGGUUUGGUUCGGUUGUCACUCAGCCAAAGGAUACGAGCCUGUGGUUUCCCAGCCAGCUGAGGUCUGACGGGGACAUUACAAGCCGAGUAGAAAGUAUGUAGCGGAUGAAAUGCCUACCAUAGUCCUUGCACACUGCAUUUCUCUUCCUCCCUCCCUCCUUUGUCGCCACUUCCUCAUACCCAUGCUUGGAGGUUACCAUCGCAUUCAGAACACUCUUGCUUCCUUUUUGACCAAACCGUCUCCUUGGAAGGACUACGAAGAAUGUGUUUGUAGCACGGUGAAGCUACCAACUCUGCAGGUUCUGAUGCAUUUAAAAGAUCCCAGCCAGUGAUCUUCUAUCUCCUCCAUUCCUAAGAUCCUGUUUCCUUCAAAAGCGUUUACCCAAAAAAAGAGCGGAGUUGCUGACAUCAGCAGCUCCUGCGGUGAUGUUGGCACUGUUGACGCUAACUGUCAGUGUAUGUUACAUUAUGCUUCUCCGGCAGGAGUCUAAAACCUCUGCUGUCAGCAGAGAUACUCCCCCCUCCUACCCUCCUCCUUCCUUUUCAGGAGGUCGGUCUGUAAAGAACGGGGUCCCCUCUCAGGCCAAGUGUGGCACGUCCCGCUUGUCUUACAAUCGAAAUAGUGAUAAGUCAAUCAGUGUGUCUGUUCAGCAAUCAGUUUCCACUCAAAAAAACGAAUUCAGCUCAUGCCCUCUGGUGUAGGCUGAGGGUCCUAACGUGUGAGUGUGUUUGCAUAAAUGCCACAGAUUGGAUUAAUGCUUUGCUCUCUAAUGACUAGAGAUAUUUUGCAUUCCAGUAUCAUCAGUGAGAAUAUCCAUCACUUAACUUUUUCUCCUUUAGAGAAUCACUUCUCAUCCUGAGCGACACCCUCCCUCCUCCUCCUCACUAUACCUCAAAGCUUUCCCGACCAGACCGGUGACCUUAAAUGCAAUUUUAAACGGCGUAAUUAACGGAGGAGGCACUGGCUGGUCAUCACCAAAGCCACCUGUGGGAAUGAGACAUUACCUUGUCACAUCACUGGCUGCAGGCCACUUUAGUCCUAGAAGAGUGGAAGUUUGCCUUGUAGAGAGAAACCCUGCGUGCGGGUGAGUCAGUGACGAGGUGUAUCUCUUUGUCCUAGUUACUCUUUGCUCAGUUACCAAAUUAAAGCAAUAGUUGUUUUUACGGCACGCGGCUGUACUGCUCCUGCUCCCCCAGGAGUCUCUCGUCGUGGGCUGUAUUAUAUCUCUGUACAUCUGAGGUGUGAGAUCUGACCCUCUUUAAACCCCAACCUUUAAAGGUGAUGCACUAUUCAUUUUCAUAGAUUUUUUUCAGUAUUUCUACACAAGCAAUGCAUGACAACUUUCUCAAGAAAUCAUUGUAGAUGCUUCUCUUUGAUUCUCCAUCUCGCUGAUGAUAUUUAAUCUUUUACUCAAGUGCAUCUCCAAGAAAGGCUUGACUCUAAUUAAGUUGUGAUCAUUAUCAAGUUAUCUUCUGUUCUGUCUUUUUUGUUUUAACGUAUACGGUCCUUCGCUUUUGUACUUGGAUGUACUUUAUCCAGUGGAUCUUAUGAUUGUCUUGUGUUGCACAUAGAAAAUGUCACUCAUUGAUUUCACACUGACCUUGUUAAUAGGAAUCACAGUACAGUAGAUGUGUUUUUUUUUUUUUAAUGAAGGGAAUAUGUUUGAAGUAUUGUUGUUGGUGUUUUGUGGUGUGAGAGAGAGAGAGAAAAAAAAACUGACUCGCAUUUUUAACUCUGUUUACAAAUUAGCCAAGAUGAAUGCUGCAGUUUCCUCCUUCUGACAGAUUUUUAUCCUUGUCACUGAGAGAGAAAAAAAAAACAACCAAAAGGGUGAAAUUUAAAAUAAGUGCAAUUAGACCACACAUUAAAUCAUUCAGAGGUUUAUAAUCA